UUAAGUGUCACCGUCCUGCGAGGUAGUGUCCCCUGAUUCUGGCAGCCAGUCUCUGCUCCUCUCACACACUCACUCUCUCCCUCUGUGUCUUUUGAUCCCUUUACCUCUCCUUUCCUCCGAGCUCAUUGCGAUGCACAUGUUCUGCCGUCUGAGUGACCUUCAGAAUACAUUUCAUCUGUUCCCACUUCUCAUCUUCUCGUCGCCUGCCUAUACACACAUACUGCCCCUGAUGAUUAAAAAAACCCCACUCCUUUCUCUGGGUUGGAGUUUAUUUAUUUAGAUCAUCCCCUUUCAAACGUCUCAUGGAGACAGCCAUGACAUAUUAAAGAGGAUGAAAGAAGGGUGUGUCAAAGUGUGAUUUACUUAGUCCAGAGUGUCAGAGGUUGUUUUACCAGCAAAAGAAGGAAAAAAGAGCAGGAAUUUGUGUGCUAGUGUGCUGAGUAAAGAGAGAACAGUGAUAUAUGCAUGCUAGUAUGAGAAAAUGGGAUAAAUUACGUGCUGGUUGAUUGUGUUAAUGUGUCUUUGUAUGUAUGUAUGUCUCGACUCCUCUAUGUAAAAGUGAGUUGGUCCUGUGAAUACUGCAGCCUCAGCUGGAUGCAGUGGAUCAGCUGCUCCCUCCAUCCCCAUCUCAUUUCUCUUCUGUCAUCCUCUCCCCCCUUGUACUGUCCGCCCCUCCCCCCCAUUCUCUUUGCUUCUCCCGCCCUCCCUCUUUCUCUCUCUGUGCACCUCUACCUCCAGCAGCAGCAGUCUUGAGCAUCCUUGCUGCUGCUGCUGUUGCUGCUGCUAUAAAUAUCUGCUGGUAGCUGUAGAGCAGCAGAGAGCAGCAGGCAGGCCAGAGGGAGGAGCAGAGGACAGGACGGCAUAGGACGGGGGGGAAACGAAUUGAAGCAGAGAGGAUAACGAGAUGACAGGCGAUCGAGCCCGAACAAGAAGACUGGGAGAAAUGAGGAGAGGGGAGCUGCCCAGUUAACUCUAAGACAGACCAGAAUGUGUGCUUUCGUGUGCAUUGAAUUGUACAGUUUUAAAGGUUGGCCUGUGCUGGACUUGGAAUCAGAUUCAGGCCUAAACUUCACCUGGACUCUAUUCAAACUGCUUCUGGAGCUGGAUUGGCUUGACCUGAGUUAAGACUAAGACUCAACAGUCAACACUGGAGCCAGACCGUCCUUUCUGAUCUCAGAUACCCAGACUUUUCAUACAAGGGACCCAAGAAAACCCCAUCGAAGCUGCUGGCUGUCUAGUUUUGUGCGGACAUGCAGGCCAUCAAGGGCUGGGGUGGGGCUGAGAUGUCAUGCUCCUGUGUUGCUGGUGGUGCCUGAGGCCUGAGGCGGUGGAGCUGGAUGGCAGGAGGGUGGACCACCGAGUGUUGAACUGCGAGGCAACUGCCUCCACCGCCAUCGCAGCAGUUUCCCUUGACCAGUGGGAGCCAGAAACGGCCAACGCUGCUUUAUCGAGCUCCCAGAGUGUGAAGAAUUCGAGCUAUAGUCUACCAUCCUACCACCCUUACAGUAACAGUUAUGACUACUCGGACCAGAGCAGGCAGAGCGAGCGCUCAGGCUUGUGUGGACUCUCAAACCUGGGCAACACCUGUUUCAUGAACUCUGCUGUGCAGUGUUUAAGCAAUACCCCUCCGCUGACAGAGUACUUCCUCAAAGACAAGUACACAGAUGAGCUGAAUGAGGACAAUCCACUGGGCAUGAAGGGGGAGAUUGCCAGAGCCUACGCAGAGCUUAUUAAACAGCUGUGGUCAGGCAAAUACAGCUACGUCACCCCGAGGCCUUUCAAGACCCAGGUGGGCCGCUUUGCUCCCCAGUUCUCGGGCUACCAGCAGCAGGACUCUCAUGAGCUUCUGGCUUUCCUUUUGGAUGGCCUACACGAGGACUUGAACCGGAUCAGAAAGAAGCCCUACAUUCAGCUCAAGGAUGCUAAUGGUCGGCCUGAUAAGGUUGUGGCAGAGGAAGCGUGGGAGAACCACAUUAAGAGAAAUGACUCCAUUAUUGUGGACAUCUUCCACGGUCUUUUCAAGUCGACUCUGGUGUGUCCUGUGUGCUCGAAGGUCUCUGUGACCUUUGAUCCUUUCUGCUACUUGACCCUGCCACUGCCCAUGAAGAAGGAACGGACACUAGAAGUUUAUUUAGUCAGACUGGACCCUCUGGCCAAACCCACACAGUACAAACUAACUGUGCCAAAAGUGGGCUACAUUUCUGACCUGUGUACCUCCCUGUCCAACCUGUCAGGCGUGCCUGCUGAAAAGAUGAUUGUAACUGACAUCUAUAACCACCGUUUCCACCGGAUCUUCGCCACCAACGAAAACCUCAGCAGUAUUAUGGAGAGAGAUGAUAUUUAUGUCUUUGAGGUGGCGGUGAACAGAGUGGAGGACACAGACCACGUAGUGAUCCCAGUGCACUUGAGAGAAAAGUACAAGCAGUCAGGAUAUAACCACACGAGCACACCGCUGUUUGGACAACCCUUCCUCAUCGCCGUCCCCAGAACCCUCAGUGAAGACAAGCUCUACAACAUGCUGCUCCAGCGCCUCUGUCGGUUUGUGCGAUCUUCUGUAGAGGAAGAAGAGGACGACUGUGAAGAGACACAGCCGUCUAAACAACACACUGUUAAUGGUAAUGCCACUAAUGGACUGUUGGAGGAGGGGUCACCGAGUGAGAUGGAGACCGAUGAGCAGGACGACGAGUCCAGCCAGGAUCAGGAGCUGCCCUCUGAAAACGACAACAGCCAGUCGGAGGACUCUGUUGGCGGGGACAAUGAGCUUGAGAACGGCGUGGUCGGCCCACAGAAUUCCACCAAAGGCCAGCAAACGUCCGGGCACAACAGAAAGAGACUUUUUACAUUCCAGUUCAAUAACAUGGGGAAAACUGACUUCUCACUCAUCAAGGAGGACACCAGGCAGAUCCGCUUUGACGAGGGACACCUCCGACUUAGUGACCGCUCUUAUCUCUCCUUGGACUGGGAACCAGAAAUCAAGAAGAAGUAUUUUGACGAGACUGUUGUUGAGGACUUUGACAAGCACGAGAGCAUGGAGUACAAACCUCAGAAAAAGGCUUUCUUCAAGCUGAAGGACUGCAUCGAACUGUUCACCACAAAGGAAAAACUGGGGGCAGAGGACCCUUGGUACUGUCCCAACUGUAAGCAGCACCAGCAGGCCACAAAGAAGCUGGACCUGUGGUCUCUGCCACCAGUGCUGGUGGUCCAUCUUAAACGCUUCUCCUACAGUCGCUACAUGAGGGAUAAACUGGACUCGCUUGUUGACUUCCCGCUCAGAGAUCUGGACAUGUCUGAAUUCCUGAUCAACCCCAAUGCCGGACCCUGUCGCUAUGACCUCAUUGCUGUGUCCAACCACUAUGGUGGGAUGGGAGGAGGCCACUAUACUGGUUACGCUAAAAACAAAGACGAUGGAAAGUGGUACAACUUUGAUGACAGCAGCGUGUCUCCUGCCAGCGAAGAUCAAAUAGUGUCCAAAGCAGCCUAUGUGCUGUUCUACCAGCGCCAGGACACGGUGAAAGGCACCGGCUACUUUGCUCUCGACCGAGAGGAGGAGGAGGAGGAAGAUGAAGAGGAGGAAGAGGAAGGGGAGGAUGAGGAGAAUGAGGUCGAAGUAGAGAGGAGGGAGAGAAAAACCACCUCGUCUGCUCAGGGAGCCUUGUCUGCUGCCGCCGCCGUUCAAAGCGACGAAGAGGACCCGAAUGAGAACCGGUGCAGGAAGAACGACGACGAGCAGGAAGAGGAGGCGGCGGAACAGGCGCCCAAUCGAGACGUCGCCAUGAAAACCAACUGAGGAAAACGAGGACAUGAAUGAAUAUAUAUAUAUAUGAGAGAGAGAAUGGGAUCUUUCCAUCCAAAGCCAUACGGACACAAGGCGUGACAGCGGGCGCCACUGGUCCCACCCAGCGGCUCGGACUUAGCUGCUCGACAGGAAGAACCGCUGCGGGGACAUCAGCUGUUGGGUCAGGGGGCUACAGGGGUACGCAACUCUAAGAAAUCAGGGCCCUCCUCUGUGGUUGGAUCACUGUGUGUGUGUGUGUGUGUGUGUGUGUGUGUGUGUGUGUGUGUGUGUGUGUGUGUGUGUGUGCGCGUGUGCGUGUGCGUGUGCGUGCAUCUACGUGUGUGACCACGUUCGUUUGUUUAGAAUUUGCUCACUUGCUCUCUGAGAAGAGUCACUAAACAGCCGGGAUCCUUUUUUUUUCUUUUUUUUUUUUUUUUUUUUUUUUUUUCUCACAGCUUUGAAUCUCAGUUUUAUUUUAAUUUUUUUUAAAAGUACAUAUUUUUGAGAGGAAUGCAUUUUUGGCAUAUCAUUUUAGCAUCAUCGUUUAGAUUUUGUAAAUAUUUUAAACACUGAAUUGAGUUUUCAUGAUGCGCUGAAACAUUUUUGAACUUGCACAAUCACCAACCAUCCGCCCCCCUUUUCUUUUUUUUAAAUUUUAAAUGUAUCAAUGCCAGACAUACUGCAACUUUGUCUCAGAGGGUUUUCUCACAUACAGAGCUUAGGAAGCUGCCUUUAGUAAGCCAGUGCUGAGAUGCCACUACACUAAGACAUAAUGUAGAGAACUGACAGGCGUUGCUGUGUGGGGUUUUUUGUUUUGUUUUUGUUUUUAAAAUAGCCAUGCAGCCGAGCUAGCUUUGUCAUGCUGCUGCGAUCUUAGAUUUUUACACAUGAUUAGCAUACGGGCAUGAGCCUUGGCGAACUUAAGAUCCUGCUUGUGCUCUCUCUAUAGUCCUCUCUGUUUAUAAUUCUUCAGUAAAGCAGGACUGAGAUGUUGCGUGGCUAACUUUGCAAAGAAACCACACUGUAUCUCUCCAUAUUUUAAAUAUUAGGAAAUGCUCUUUUAGAAGUUUAUAUCCGGAAGUCAAACCUAUAUGUAGUGAAGUGGUGUUUAAGGAGUUAGCAGAGAUUCUUUACUCCUCUUCACCUGCUCCUGAAGUUGUACUUCAUUAGAUGGUAUUUAAAGCUUUAUUGUGGCUACGUUCUUAAGAUUUUAGGCACUUUGAGAUUAGGAACAUCGGUGAUUUCAUUGUCUCUUGUUUGAAUCGCCUCGGCCUUAACUCUUAAUCUCAGACCAGUCGCCUUUUCUUUGCACACGGCCGUCACACCAUCUCUCGAUGUUACGCGAGCACUCGUCUAUGAAUGUCCAUGUUACUUGCUUGAUAUCUCCCAGCCACGUCACACCAGUUUCUUUUAACCCACAAGAGGGCCAGAAUGUAUGCUGAAUGAACCAGACCACAUGUAUGUGACUGAUGCCUUUUAAGUCAUCCUUUCUUUCUUUCACUUCUCCCCAUGGCCCUUUCGAGUUUGAAAGGUGAUGGAAAUGGGUGUUCUUUGCAUUUUAUAUUACCUGUAUGAAUUUCAUGGGUAUUAGCUGAAUGCGUCCCUUCUUUGUGGUCCUGAGCUUUGAGGAGGAGAGAGGGAGACAAAACUUAGAAAAACAAAAAACAAAAAACAUUUUGGGGUGAGUGUGCCUAAAAGGCCUUUCAGCUUCUCGGGAUCAUGAUACAGUGAAAAUAUUUUGUGGCAGAUCGUUGGCAGGAUAUUCCUCCAUCGACGUAACUCGCGGUAAAACUCUAUUCUCCAUGGUGGAGUGCGAUGUUUUCUUUUCUACCUGCUCUUUCCAUUGUAAACAGCAUUAGCGGAUCUGUUGUUGCCUCAGAAUAUUAGAUGUGUAACAUGCCUUUAAGAGCAUCUCUCUGCUUUGACUUCAGGUGGCUUUACCGCCUCAGUGCUGCCUUGCUUUUUGGGCAACUCACCCCAUCCUGAGUGAGAUGUGAUUGCUACUAUAGGCUUAUACAAUACUGUACAUAAGAGUUCACUCUGUGAGUGCACAUUUGAUAAAAUUUAUUUAUUUAUAUGUAAGCAUUUAAUAAUAAACAAUAUAUUUAAAACCUUGGCAAGGCGUGAAAUGUCGGGGGUAACGUGGCUCGAGUCCACACAUACACACUAGUUUGCAGAGUCUUGCCUGUGCUCUCGUCAGGGAGGGAAUAUUUUUUAACAAAGGAUGAUUCUGUUUUGGGACUUUUUUUGUAAAGAUAAUCCAGACAUCCUUGCAUGAUGAUGUAUGGGGUGGGGGGUGGGGAGUUACCAGGUUUGGCUGCACUUGAGUUCACUUGGGUUUACAUUUGAAAUGUGCAUGUGUAUUUAUACACAAUCUUCAAUAAAGUUGUGUAAAGCUUC